GAAUAGCCUCAUCCUCUCUUCAUUCACAACAAUGGCAUCCAACCCUCCCUCAGGGACCUCGACCCCCAAUCCCCGAUUCACAUCGCAGCGAAAAACGGCCGAAGAUAUUCUCUCCACACAAACAGUUGGAUUGGUCAACCUUUCCGACUUCCGCAAGCGACGCGCAGAGGUCAUCGAGCAGAAGGAGAGAGAUGCACACGAAUCGUUCCUCGGCCCUUCGUCCGAGAAGGGUACACCUAGAGAUGGAACGCCUAAUGGUGCGCUCACGCCCAACGAUGCCUCCCAACCACCUUUGAAGAAGAAAAAGAAAGCCGCAAAAGCAGCCGCCAACAAACUAUCCUUCGGAAACGAAGAUGAAGACGAGGAAAGUGGUACAAAUACAGGUUUCUCGACGCCGAAAUCGAGUAGUCUGUCGCGAUCCUCGACUCCUGUUGAGGGUGGAGGCAACAAGAAGAAGAUGAGCUCGAAUGCGAGCGUGGGGUAUAUGCCGAAGGCGCUGACGAAGGGUGCUUUGUUACGGGAAGCGCAGACGAGGGAGACGCUGCGGAAGGAGUUUUUGGUUAUCCAGGAACAGGUUAAGAGUAGUGACGUUGCGAUCCCGUUUGUGUUUUAUGAUGGGACGAACAUACCGGGUGGGGUUGUGAGGGUGAAGAAGGGGGACUAUAUCUGGGUGUUUUUGGAUAGGAGUCGGAAGGUGGGAGCGGAAUUGGGGGUUGGUGAAAAGAGUAAUAGUCGGAGGGAGUGGGCGAGGGUUGGGGUGGAUGAUUUGAUGCUUGUUAGAGGCAGUUUGAUUAUUCCGCAUCAUUACGACUUCUACUACUUCAUCAUAAACCAUACUCUUGGGCCCAACAACAGAGUUCUGUUCGAUUACAGCUCCGAGCCUACAGCCUCCACCAGUACACCAAUGCCCGAAUCAACCAAUCUUGACAACUACAAUCCUCUUUCCAACCCAUCUAAGAACAAGUCGACGAAGGAGCCGGUUGUGGAGAAGAUGGAUCUCGAAGGCAUGAACGAUGAUCCGACAUUUACCAAAGUCGUGGAUCGGAGAUGGUAUGAGCGGAAUAAGCACAUCUUCCCUGCUAGUGUAUGGCAGGACUUCGAUCCAGAGAAGGAUUACCAGAAGGAAAUCAAGCGUGACGCGGGAGGAAAUCCAUUCUUCUUCUCUUGACGACCUUUGCCUUUCCCAUACCAUAGAUCCGUUCUGUCUACACGAGAGUAGUAUAGAAUAAGACGCUUCUAGAGCCGGUU